ACUAUACAGCUGUCUGCAUGACACCAGCAUAAGUACUGGUCAUGAUCCAUAUCUUUUUUCAAAAAAAUUCUUCCGAUGUGACUGGAAUUGGAUUCAAAGUCUUCACAUAUAAUUGAUUAGUUAAAGAGCCAUUUACUUGUGUAUUUGAAGUGAACCACUGGUUAAUUACUGGUGUAUAAAAUAUUUGUCCAUUAUGAUAAGUCCAUUAUAGUAUAUCCAAGAAACAAUUGUGUGAAAUGAACAAUUAUAAUGUCACGUGUGAUCUUUUUUUUAUGUAACCGUCUAUGAUUGCAAAACAAUAUUAUUCAUGUUUCACACAAUUUUUUUUUAGUAUAGCCAGCACCCAAAACGAAAAAUCUAAAAUCUUAUCAAUGUUGUUCCUUAUCAGAUUUUAGGGUGCAUUUAGAAAAUUAGAGAUUUAUAAGCUUGAGUUAGUUAAUUUGGGCUUCUAGGUAGGGCCUUGGCUUGAAUUUUCAGAUUUUGGGCUUAAGUAAAUGGGUGAAUUUUAGCACUUAGCAGCCACCGGAUGCAAAUUGCUUUCAGUGUUUGCUGCUUCCGAGUAAAGCAUGCAAACGCUGUACCUUGUGAUACAGCGCAGGUUCGUUCAGGCAAAACCUCAAACAGUUUAUGUCCCAUAUUUUUCUGCCAAUAAAAUCUCGUCUAGCUUCAAAUUUUUUCUUUGCACCCAAACACCAAAUGAUUUUACCGGGAAAGUCUCUGAGUCAAAACGAGAAGAACCCAGGUCCUGCUUAUCUUAUAGGAUUGAGAAGCUGCCAAAUGGAGAACCAGUUGGGUCUGCUUUCCAGAGCUGGAUGGGUGAUGGAUUUCCCAUUCAUAGAGGUGACAUCUUUCACGCCAUUAACCGUCUUAGGAAGCUCAAGUUGAAUAAACGCGCUCUUGAGGUAAUGGAAUGGGUGAUCAGAGAAAGGCCCUACAGGCCAAAGGAACUAGACUACUCUUAUCUGUUGGAAUUUACAACCAAGUUUCAUGGGAUAUCUCAAGGUAAAGAACUCUUUACACGCGUUCCUCUUGAGUUUCAAAAUGAGCUGCUUUACAACAAUCUUGUGAUUGCUUGCUUGGAUAAGGGUGCAAUAAGGCUUCCACUUGAGUGUAUGAAGAAAAUGAGGGAAUUGGGUCAUCCCAUUUCACACUUGGUAUUUAAUCGACUCAUUAUUCUCCAUUCCUCUUCAAGGCGUAAAAAGUUGAUUGUAAAAAUCCUUGCACAAAUGAGGGCUGAUAAAGUGGUUCUACAUGCCUCCACAUUCAACAUUCUCAUGAAAAUAGAAGCCAACGAACACAAUAUUGAAGGAUUGAUGAAGGUAUACUCCGAUAUGAAGCGAGCAAAAGUUGAGCCGAAUGAAAUAUCUCACUGCAUCGUAGCUACUGCACAUGCAGUGGCAAGGUUGUAUACCGCAGCUGAAGCGUAUGUUGAAGCCUUAGAGAAGUCAGUUACAGGUAGUAACUGGUCAACACUUGAUGUUCUAAUUAUGUUGUAUGGUUAUUUAGGGAAGGAGAAGGAGUUAGAGAGAACUUGGGGUUUAGUGAAGGAACUCCCCCAUGUUCGGUCUAAAAGUUAUGUGAUGGCAAUUGAAGCAUUUGGUAGAAUCAGCCAACUGAGCCGAGCUGAAGAACUUUGGUUAGAGAUGAAGGCAGAAAAAGGGUUGAAAACUACUGAGCAGUUCAAUUCUAUGAUAUCUGUGUAUUGCAAGCAUGGGCUUAUCGAUAAAGCGUCUAAGCUUUUCAGGGAAAUAAAGGCGGAUGGGUGCAAACCAAAUGCCAUAACCUUUCGCCAUCUUGCUUUGGGUUGCUUAAAAGCAGGAUUGGUAGAGGAAGCCAUUAAGACUCUAGAGAUGGGGAUGAGUUCGACAAUGAGCAAUGGUGUCAGGAAUUCUACCCCAUGGUUGGAGACCACUCAUUCAAUAAUUGAGGCUUUCGCUGAGAAUGGUGAUGUAGGGAACGUUGAGAAGUUGUUUGAAGAACUUACUAAAGCCAAGUAUGCAAGACAUACUUUUGUAUACAACACUUUAAUUAAGGCUUAUGUGAAGGCCAAAAUUUAUGAUUCGAAUCUUUUGAAGAGGAUGAUUCUAGGAGGCGCAAGGCCAGAUGCCGAAACCUAUAGUCUGAUGAAACUUGAGGAGCAGUUUCGAACCUGAUUCUGAGUUGUAAUAUAGUUGUAACUUGUAAGGUGGUCUGAUACAUUUAAUAAAUUAAUAUUGAACCGUUGAUUCCUCUUACACAAAAUGUUUAUCAAUGUUGUAAAUGGAAGAUAAUGCAUAAGUUGCUCGUUGAAUGUAAUGUAAUAUAGUUGCUUUUCUUA